AUGGAAUCACUCGCCGCUGUCGGCCUCGCUGCAAAUAUCUUACAAUUUAUCCAUGAAGCAAGGAAGUUGGUAUCUACCAGUCGUGAGAUACUCGGUUCUGGCACUAAGGAUGAGUACAUUGAAUUGGAACUUAUCUCAAAAGGACUGCGCUCUCGAUCAGCCGGCAUCAUCCUGCCAGGAAAUGCCAAAGAUGUUUCUCAAGGCGAUGACGGAAGUUCCCUCGAGGCAUUGGCGAUGAGAUGCAACGAGAUAGCAGAUGAACUGCUUGGUAUUCUUGGCACGCUUAAACUCCACAACGACCGGAACAAGUGGACAAGUUUCGUCCAAGCGCUAAAGACCCAAUGGAAUGAUGAUAAGAUCGAAGCUCUUCGCGGAAGGUUGGACCGUAUCGCAAACGCAAUCAAUGCGCGCCUUGCGGACGAGACCAAUCUUGGAAUUCACUCUCGCCUCAAUGAACUACUUGAGAUCAAUCGUCGACUUGAGAUUACGCGGACCGUGGAUAUCUUGGCUUUGAGGAAAGAAUUCGAUCAGGCAUUGCAGAACAGUCAGAACAACACUGGGAAAGAAGAAUCGGCCGAUCUUAUGAGCAAAGUAGCGUCAGAUGGCCUGCACUACUCUGCAGAACAGAAGAUUUUGUCCAGACUUCGCUUUGUUCGAUUGGAAGACCGGUAUCGAUUGAUGUCAUCAGCCCACCGCAAUACCUUGACCUGGUUAUUUGGAAACACAAAUUUGGAAGGUCAAAAUCAAGUCAACGACUUGUCAACCUUCGUGCAGUGGUUACAUUCGGACAACAAUUUAUACUGGAUCUCUGGUCGACCUGGCUCCGGAAAAUCUACGCUUAUGAAGUUUCUCUGUCACCACCAGAAAACGAAGGAGCAUCUGGCCACUUGGGCUGGAAACAAUGGAGUAAUCAUCGCCGAAUAUUUCUUCUGGAAUGCUGGCAAGAACGAACUCCAAAAAUCUCAAGAGGGUCUUUUACGGUCAUUGCUCUACCAAAUACUACGACAAUGUCCAGACUAUAUUCGUCUGACUUUCCCAGGCGUCUGGCAGUGUUACAAUACCACUAAUACUGGGUUCCAUGGAAACACAGACACACCAUUAGACACGGAGAUGCCGCAUACCGUUCCUGAAUUGCUGGAUGCACUGACACAUGUAUGCGACCUUCAUACUCGAUCUGAUAAGCGGCUGUGUCUCUUCAUCGAUGGUUUAGAUGAGUAUGUGGGAGAUUCGCGCGACGUUAUUCAGCUAGUAGGGGUUUUGCGAAAUCUCAAAUACGUGAAGAUCUGCGUAUCCAGUCGUCAAUGGAAUGAAUUCGAAGACGCUUUUGGCAAAAAUCGAACGGAAAAGCUGUACAUGCAAGAAUUCAAUUACCAAGAUAUCAACGUAUACAUUCAAGACACUUUCGAAAACGAUGACAAUUACCAAGAGCUAGAGGACAAAGAGACGCUUGGAAAGGAACUUGUCCAAGAGAUAGUUUCCACGGCAAAUGGAGUGUUCUUGUGGGUGGUACUUGUUGUCAGGUCUCUCCAGGACGGUUUGUGUGAAGCAGACAGCAUCACCCAUCUACAGCAGCGCCUUCGCAAGCUGCCUACGAAUCUAGAAGAAUUAUUUGAGCGCAUACUUUUCCGAGACGUAAAGGAAUCGUACCGUAGCGAGGCCUCUCACUUGUUUUUGGUAGCACUGGAAGCGAAGGAAAAUCUCCCACUUAUGGCAUACUGGUUCUUAGGCGAAGAUUUGCCAAAGCAACGUCUACCACUGAAGAUGCAACAAACG